UUGCCGUCCGAGUAGUUCAUACAUCCCUUAUCCUUGAUGAAUACAACAAGAUUCUUAUAAUUUUAGAAUAAAGGUGAAAUCAGAAUAGCUAAAUAGUUUCAAAUUAAUAGUUUUAUGUUAAUAACUCCAGAUACGUGAAUUGAAUGCGUUAACUAAUAUAUCACUUUUUUAUUUUUGUACAAAUGAACUAUAGUUUGUUGAACAUUGCUACAAUGCAAUCUUCGUCUUGUCAAAUGUGACGUUUAAGAAAACAAUAUUGCUUUAAAAAAAUAAGAAUCAAUUUUGGGGAAUAGGGGGGUUGUUAAUAUAUUGUUAAAGUUGUGUAUAUUGUUAAUGUAUUCUCGUUAAUUAUUUCAUCAUGUCUUGCAAUCACUGUAGUACAAAAUUUAAUUUCUUUCACAAAGAGAUGGGAUGUGCUAACUGCGGUUUGUCAUUUUGUAACAAAUGUCUAAAACAAAAAUGUAAAGUACCUUUGAAAGGAAGUGGUGAACACAAUGUUUGUCGGGUAUGUUUUUCCAAAAUUACUUCUGGUUCAUCAAAUCAAUCUACUUCAAUUCCACCACCAGAUGCGUUCUUAAAGCGACUCGAAAGCGUAGACAACCCAAUCACAAUACCGGCAUCGAUAUUCAGGCAGGACCAGAAAAACGUAAACCCUCUGAAGGGCAGCAGUUCACAGGUCGACCAAAAACUGGCGCAACGCCUCGAAAAACUGAAAGAAGACAAAGGCCCACCUCCGCCGAGUGAGGCCGAACUCCGAAAACGAUUAGCAAACUUACGUAGCGACAACGAAUAUGUCGGAGGACCUAGUAGACAUAUAUAUACCAACGAUUCACGGACUGACAACCAAAAGGUGGAUUCUCUGCUGGAGGAGUUUAUUACCGAAAGAGACAUCGAAUUAGCGCACGACCCCCAAGAAGAGAUCGAAGCCAGAUUGGCAACUCUUCGAGAGAAAGGUGUCCGGCCUAACGAGGGACCCUACAUUAGUAACUUACAUGAUUCAGGCAGCAGCGAGGAAGAAAUAGAUAAAAUCACUAAAAAGAUAAUGGAUGAAGUUGCAUUGGAAGAAAGGUGUUCCAGUUCUAUGCCUGCAUCAUCGAAAGCUUCCAGAUCUUCGGAGGAAGAUGAAUUGGCGCGAACAUCACCGGAACUUCCGUGGUGUGUGUUGUGUAACAACGACGCUAAAUUUCGGUGCUUGGAUUGCAGUGGCGAUCUUUACUGUACGGAAUGUAAUAAAGAGGUACAUAAAAACUGGGGAGAUACGGACCACAAAGUUAUACCAUACAAACCUAAAUAAUGAAGUCUAGACGCUUUUUUGAAUAAUAACUGUAAGAAAAGAUGAAAUAAAUGAUUUAUAGUUACUAUUAAAAGGUUGGUUGUUUUGAUAACGAGUACAUACCUAUAAAUAUUACAUUGCGAAUGGUAAGUAGGUAAGAAGAAUUGGUACCUCACUACAUUUAAUUGUUAAAAUAUUCAUUAAAUAUGAGUAAAUAUCUUGGAACUUUUUUAUUAUAUUUUUCAUCUAACUACCACUGUAACUCAAUUUUAUGAAUUUUAAAAUAAAACUUACCAAAUAAA